GAAUUGUGUCCCUUUGAGAGAGGCCCAUUGCUUUACGAAUUACGAUAUCCUUGCCAAUUAUUCAGUCCCCCUCCCCCUAUACAAAAAAGUGACCUCAUUUCCCGAAUCCCAAGAAGCACCCGCUUUUAUAAUUUCUUCCCGUCCCCUUGCAGUUGACUGACUGACUCACUGACUAACUAGUGCUUCUAAAUACAACACCAUUUCCCCAUCAUCAUCGUCUUACUUACUUACUUACUUACUUACUAGCUUGUUAGGAGAGAGAGAGAGAGAGAGAGAUGGGUGAGCUUCACUCCCUGGCUUACACUAGCUCUUCCCUAGGCUGGGAUUUCCACAACCUCGGAGUUCCCAACGCAGACACAAUGUCUUUAGUUAUGGAUGGAAAAGCACCCUUCUACUCACCUCUUGAAUCUGAUUUCUCCACCGGCUAUUUGGAAGACGCUUUGCUCGAAUUUGGCGACCGAACCAAACGAAGACGCUUGCUCUUGUAUACUAAUACUACCACCGAAUCCGAUCAUCAUAGUAAUAGCUCCAAGAGCUACUGGAAUUCAAACUGUCCAUGGGGAAUUAUGUCAGAGAGUAUCAAUGAAUUACUCUCAGAUGAGCCUACGGGCACAUCAAUCAGCGAGGAAGCUGCAAAUAUUAUGGGAGACCCAGAAGAUCAGGCCCCUGAAGCUACAGAUUCUUCUUCAUCUUCUUACAGAGACCUCGCUAGCACCAAGUCCAUCAACAAGGAAACCCUAUUCUCCAUAGGUUCUUCAGGAGGGUCAUGCGAUAAGAAAAACAAGAAGGUGAUUAAUACAGCUGGGGUCGUGUAUCCAUUUGCAGUGGUGAAACCAGGAGGUGUUGAAGGCGACAUAACCUUAAACGACAUAAACGAGAGGAUCCUAAUGGCACCAACAAGGCCGGUUAGGCACCCGGUGGGGGACUUUGCAUGUCGGCCAUGUGUGUCCCCCGAUGGUCCUGGGCUUUCCGGGAAAGCUGUGGUGGCCCUUACCAGAAUACAGACGCAAGGGAGAGGCACAAUCACUAUUAUCAGAACUAAAGGUUAAGAAGUGACCAUUCUCGAUCUCCAGCUUUUUGGUCUUGUCUUUUAAGUGGCAUGGGUGCUUUGUAGCUAUAGCUAGAGGAAUAUGUAUGUAUGAAUGUACGUAUUUGUUGGACCAGUUUCUUUUAUACAUAAUUGUUACUAUUUGUGCUCAGAGAUAA